AGAAAGGCAUAGCUAAAGUGCCGGUACCACCAAACCGUGCCAGUGUGUUAACACCAUCGCUCAAAGAUGACGGUCAAGGUGUUGUUCGUCUCUUCCGUACUCUCAACGUUCUAUUUUUUCAACCAAAUCCACCCAAUAAGGGGUGAAAAUUGUGACUUGUACGGUACAUUGCUGUAUGAAGAUAUGGGGUGUAAGGCUUCGUAUGACAACUCGGUAUAUUACAGCCAGACAUUGGGAAGGUGUCCGUCCAAGUUUGAUUGCUUGGGCUUGAAAAAAUCGAGUGAAAAUUGUUUUUUGAGGGGAAAAGCUUAUAAGCUGAACGAGAUGGUGGAUUCUAGAGUGACUGCCGGAUUAUGUGAUCUUGGAUGUUACUGUCAACAAAAUGAUGAUACAACCAACUUUAAGUGCGCCACUGUUGACUGUCCAGAAUGGGGUGUAAAAGAACCAUAUCCAGGCUGUUACAGAAAAUAUUCGUUGGAUGACUGUUGCUCGAUAAGAGAAAUGUGUGCACCUUACGAGAAUUCAACUACAUGCGUGUACGAUGGCAAAGUAUACAAAGAAGGUGAAAAUUUUUUGCCGAAAAAUUCAUGUUGGAGAUGUGUCUGUCAGGAAGGAUUCAGAGGAAAAUUAGAAAAACCUUUCUGUAGAAGACGAUCUUGCGGUGUUCAAAUCAAAAACCAGGAAAAACUCCAAGAAAGAUGUGCUCCACUUUACUACAAAAGAAAAUACCGAGAAAAUGAUCCACUUUGUUGUCCAACAAGUUGGAUUUGCAGCGAGGGCAAUGAGAAAUUAACUGGCAGACCCAGAACAGACAAAAUGUGUCUUUUUGGACAAAGACUUGUCAGAGUGGGACAGAAAUUUGAGAAAACCAUAGAAAGUCCGAGAAGUAUGAACGUCACCUGUGAAUGCAAAGUUCCUCCUCUACUGACAUGCGUAACUUACGUAAUAUAAGUAGGUAUAGUUCGUCCAGCGAGACAGAAAUGUCAAAAAAUGACAGUUACUAAAAAUAUCACUAUCAAGGCUGUCUCUCUGGUUGGACGAAUUUUUUAAAUUAUUAUUUAUAUAGAUUUUAAGACUGACGAUUGUUAUAAUCUUUAUUUAUUGAAAUAAAAAUAGUCUGAAAAAAAAA